AUGAUGGAAUUCUGUUGUGGCAGUCUUCCUUUAAUUUCAUCGUUUUACGGCAGCUCUGAAUGUUUUAUAGGUCUCAAAUUAGAUCCUCUAAGCAAGCCAUGUGAUGUGUCUUACACCACCAUCCCAAGUAUGGCAUACUUUGAGUUCUUGGUGAUCAAGAAAGACCAUCAAGAAACUGGUCAUGAUCCUGUGGUUGUCGAUCUUGUUGAUGUUAAAACUGGACAUGAUUAUGAACCUGUUAUAACAACGUUUUCUGGUCUGUAUAGGUACCGUUUGGGGGACGUUUUACGAGUAAUUGGUCACAACAACAAUUCGCCACAGUUCCGUUUCGUGGGAAGACCAAAAGUUGUUCUAAGCAUCGAUAUGGAAAAGACCUACGAAGAAGAUCUCCUCAAGGCAGUGACAAAGGCGAAGCUCCUACUUGAGCCACAUGAACUAAUGCUCAUUGAUUUCACUAGCCGUUUGGAUUCCUCCUUGUUUCCAGGACACUACGUGCUCUAUUGGGAACUCGGGAGUAAAGUAAAGGACGUGAAGGUCGAGCCUCACCCCGACGUUAUGGAGGAAUGCUGCUUCACCGUCGAGGAAUGUCUUGACUCUGUGUAUAGAAACGGGCGAAAAAAUGAUAAGAAGAGUGGUUCCUUUGAUGAGCUUAUGAGUUUCUUCGUGUCUUGUGGGUCUUCUGUGAGUCAGUACAAGACUCCGAAGUCAUUGACAAAUAAAGAAGCCUUGAAGAAGGAAGGUUCCGUCGUGGGAGCUACAUGA